AUGUUUUAAUAGAACGACUAAUAACCUAAUCCAUUACAAUAAUAAAAUAACUCUGAAGAAUCAUAGCUUCAAAAGGAUAAUCAAAAUAGUUAGGCCAACGAAAAUCAACCAUAAAAUUAUUUUUGGCGUAAUAUCCCAUAUUCAGAAUAAUAGAUCUAAUCAAAAAAUCAAAUAGAAAAUUUAAUUCUUCUUAUUUAAAGUAUUCCAAAUGAUAUUUUCGUAAAUAAAUAAUUCUUAGAAAAAACUUGCAAUAAAAUUUAAUAAAAAUUUUUAUAGUAAUAUGAUGAUGUUACAGAUAUUGAAUAAUUACACCAAAUAAUUGACAAACAAUAUAACAAAAAAAUAAAAGAAUAUGAAUUAUAAAUAUCUGAAACCCCUAACCUUAUUUAUGAAUGGGAGGAUAAAGUUAAUAUUUCAGAAAUAUAUUAAAUAAUGAAAAUAAUUAAAAGCCCUAAUAGAAAUGUGUAUUUAACAAAAGAUAUAACUAAAGAAAUAUAUUUUGAUGAAGUAAAAGAAAAUUUUAAUUCAGGGGAAUAAGAAUAUUUGAAUAACAUAGAAGACUUAUAAGAAAAUUUGAAAGGGCAAGGCAUUUUUGAGAAUUUCAAAGUAUAGCCUUUAUAGGUUUUAAGGAAGCAAUUAAAUAUAAUUAAAUAGAUGGAAUUUAAUUAAUAAGAUACUGUAAAUUGUUUUUUAUUAAUGUAAUAGUUUUUGUAUUUUGAAAUUUAUAAAAUAUUGGCAUUUCCUUACCUGUGCUUAAAUUAAUGUUAUAAAUAUGAUGUCGAGGCUUAAAGUGUGCAUUUUUAGCUUCCAAAGAAUAUAAACAUUGAGGUUAGAUCUAAUGAGAUCUAACAAAUUCCUCUAUUGAAUGAGAAUUCAAUAAUAAGGUUGAUUCCAACCUCUUUAUUUUAGAGCAAUUUAUUAUCAUUUCUAGGCAUUAUAGAUAUAUUCAAAUUGAGAAUAGUUUGUAGAUUUUUUAAAACAAUGUAAUAAUAUUCUUAUUGAAUUUUAGAGUCGAAAAAUACUGGUAUAUUCCUUCUAAGAAAGAAAUUAUAUAGUAUGAAAUAGCAAAAGAUUUAGCUUACAAUAAUGAACAUUUAAAGAAUUUAUAGACUGCUGCAUAAACACUUAAAUAGAAACUACGAACUUGUGUUGAUAUUAUAUUAAACUUGAUUAAUUGGAAUGAUUUACAUGAAUAAAUAGAAACUGGUUAAAUUGAAAUUGAUAUUUAUAGACCACUUAUUAUGAUGCUUAGAUUAUUUAAUAAAUAAUAGAAGAUUUGUUAUCAUUAUGAAAUUGAUGGUUAAUUUAGUAUAUUUGAAUUAGCAAAGGAUAUUAAAUAACAGAUUCUUGAUUACUUAAAUAUGGAAUUUAUACCUUUAAGUUUUACAUAAAUGAGACAACUUUAAUAAUAGGCAUUGUCAUCACCUGAAUUUAAUAUUAUAGAUUCAAUUAAUUCUGAACUAAACUUGAGUUAAUUACUUACAUUUCUUCUUCAAGCUCUAUAUUUUCAUGGAUGGAUGGCUUAAGUAAUUACAAUCUAUAAGGAAAUAUUAAAAAAGAGAAACAAGUAAAAAAUUCAUUUACAAAAUAGAGAACUAUAAAUUAUUGAUUAAAAAUAAAAUUAUAAUAAGGACUUCAUAAAAUAAGCUUGUAAAUAUAUUUAUAAAAUGAAUGAUUUUUCACCUAGCAAAGACACUGAAGAACAAAUUGAAAUAAUGACUCAAAUAGUAUUAUUGACUUUUUUCUAUAUAGGGUCAAAUAUUGUAAGAGAGUUUAAGACAUAUAAAUUUUUGCUCAGAUGCAAAUCCUUAAACUCACCCUUAAGGUGUUAUAUAUUAAAAAAAUGCUAUCAUCAAAAUCCAUUUAGAUAUCUAUUUCUAAAUUGAAAUAUUAACAUAUAUAUGUUCUAGUUAAAAAUAUUACUUUGAAGAUGUGGUUGAUGAAAAAUUAGAAAUGUAAUUUAACUAAGAUUAAACAAUUAAUAAUGCAGAAAAGGAUAAUUUUCCUAAUUUAGAAGAAAAGUAAUAAAAUUAUUCAAUGGAGGAAAACUCUAUGUAACAAAGAGAAAGCAUUCAUCUAUAACAAGAUAUUAAUUAUUUAGAAAAUGAGUAUAAUUGA